AUGGCCGACUCGUUACACACUGUUGUCGAACGCGAUGGCAUCCUUCCCAAUAUCGUUUACAAGGUCAGCAUUCCCAUGACAGACGCCGCUUGGGUCAGCUACAACCAAGUUCUCGCUACAUUCGGGUUCGCCAAUGGUGUGAAUGACAUGCUCAUUGCGGGCUCCGACAAUUUCGACAAGUACACAUACAUGAUCGAUGAUGUGAGCGCAGAACACGAGCAAGGCUGGAAGGUACUAGCGAGUUCAAGUGAGAGGAACCUCGACAUGGCAAGACUUUCGCAAGAGCUGGUGCAGAUCUGGAAGAAUACGUGGAUCGAGAAUGGAUCUGGCUAUGUCGGAGUGGCCAAGGAUAUUGUGCAAUAA